AUGGGUCAGCGUGUUUAAUUUGAAGAUAACAUCUGCAUUCUUAUCUCGACAAGAAGAUGCAUGGAUUAGUUGGAACAUUAAAUACUUUUUAUUUCAAAAACAGUUUUGGUUAGGGCAGGUGCAAAAUUAAAAGAUGUACAGGCGGCUUUUAUCAUGUUUUCCAAUCAAAAUUGAAACUUGUCUUGCGAAGGGCGUAGCCUAGCAUAUUCAGAAAAACUAAAUAUUGUAGGAACACACAGGUCAUAUGGUAUACGCGAGAAAAACGUGCCUCAAAUUUCAUCAAACCCAAUUUCUGAAUCUAGGUUACAUAUAUAAUGCAAGGCAAAGUACGAAUAGAAAAACACGUUGACCUCAGGCCUGUUUAUCUGAGACGGCCUACUUUGUGUAGUUAUGCUCUAUUUCGUCAUUUUUCAAAUCAUAGCCGUUCAUCGAAUAGUUUUGUUUCCCAGUUUGAUCCGUUGGAAUUGUUUUAAUUGGUAUUAAACAAACAUUAAACUUCUUUGGAAUGACCGCUAAAAUUAUAAACACUGAUUUCAUGUGGAUUAACCACGUCUUCAAGUCUUCGCUGGAUUUUUCUACAUGGGAUAUCAAAAUGUUCGGACAAAUCCUGUCAACUUAACAGUUCAUCUCAAGCGACGUCAUGCAUUGUAAUGGAUUAUCGCGAUUUCAGCUUGGCCUCAGUAACUCUAUUAUAUUGGAAAUAUAAAACGAGUAUACAGUACGAAAAUCAAUCGUUGCAAGCCAUUUUAGAUUUUAGAAAAAACGUCAACACACUUAGGCACGUCUUCUUGUUUUCAGAUACAACCGUUGUUUUUUAAACGUGUGACAAAAUAUUUUCUUAGCACGCUAAUAUUGAUCUAUUUUCGACAGUACCAUGUCCUAUUUCAAUUAACUUUCAUACACAAUGAAAACUAUAUCGACAACUGCUGGACUUCAUGAGGGCUUAAUUAGUGGUCACCUUUCAUUUCGGUAGUUUUAACCCCUUUCAAAUGUUGGUCCAACAAUGUUGGAUGAAGAUUUUAAGUCCGAAUUGGAGGAUUUGAAAUAACAUCUUAAAUCACUACUUAAUUCAGGGUUCGUAGCGGUCUUUGAAAUCUUUGAAAAGUCUUUGAAUUGUGUGAAAACGCGAAGAAAGUCUUCAAAAGUCUUUAAAUUCUUUAGUGAGUAUUUGAUUAUACGAUUUCCUAGCUAAUAAAAUAGGUUGAUUGAAGAGCAAGGCUUUCGCAAAUAUCGACGAAAAGGCACAUUUUAGGAUGUGAUUUGACGGGACUAAUUACCGGGUAAAUGAAAUUGUGCUUACACUCGCAAUUUUUCGACAGCUGAUUGCUCUGAAAGGUCUUUGAAAAAUCUUUGAAAAUAGGCAGAAAAAAUCUUUGAAAGUCUUUGAUUUUUUUGGUCUUGGAGACUACGAACCCUGUAAUUUUGAUCCAGUCCAAGGACUGAGACUCGAUCGAGAUACUUCACCUGGGAUCCAGUAUUAUCAUGUGAGCAAAAUAAAGGAAUAUGGUCUGCUAAUUUAGUCAUGAAUGAUGAGUUUGAGAUAUGACUAUAACUGGAACGCUACCUUCAGAUAAACUGCCUAUCUUUUUCUUGAAGACAAAAUCUGACCCCCAGACCCGCGUGUUUAUAUCAUGAUCGACUGAUUGAGCGCUCUUCGCAUGCGUGAAAAGACUGGGACUGGCCUUCAAGUUUGGCUUCAAAUGUCUGGUUGGAGCUGGUAGCCUUCCAGUGAUAUUCAUUGCAAUGGGACACACUUAGAGAGCAUCAUCUUAAAUUUAAAAGUGGAACUUGAUCCAACAUCUUCCGACACUACCCAACAUACUGUAAUAGAGAGGUUCAGAUUUGACUACCACACACGCAAAAACGCACAAGUUGUAACAAACCUGCAGCAGACUUGUAGCAAUGCUGUUCCAACAACUUGUCAUCAGGAUGUGUUCGCACUGCUUGUUCGCAGCCUGUUGACAAGUUGUUAACGGCUUGUUGACAACUUGCUACAAGUUUGUUGAGCUCAACAGACUUGUUACACGUUGUUCCAACAACUUGUCAUCGUCCUGCAAUUCAACAAUUUGUCAACAAGUUGUGAAUGACAAUCUUGUAGCAACUUGAUAAAAUUAAUAACCGCAUUGUUACAACGUGUUGACAAGCUUGCUACAAGCUUGUUGCGAACACAUCUUGUUGACAAGUUGUGAGAUUUGUGUGUACCUCACUGUCUCAGUAAACAUCUGAUUGGUUGAUGGUCCCUUAAUGGUAGCAGACGUCAAAUCUGAACCUCACUAAUCUUUAAUUAAACGAGGCUAACACCAAUAUCUGAGAAUGUAGGAUUGAACGAGCCUUUAGGAACACGUCUUCAUUGAACGCUUGAAAAAACUUAGUGUAAGAUACCAGUGGGUUUACUAUAGCUAGUAUUCUACAAUAUGUUCUCUUGAUAGUUUAGCCCUGGGCAAACUAGGAAACAUUGCUGCGGAAACAUUGUUUCCUACCAAUGUUUCCCCAUGUUUCCAAGAGUGGGCAAAUACUAGGAAACAUUAGUGAAAAACAUAGGGAAACAUCAAAUGUUUCUGAAGUCGCUAGGAAACAUUUUUGCUUCUCGGGAAGCAAAUUUUGUUUCCGCAACAAUGUUUCCACGGGUGGGCAAACAGGGAAACAUUUGAGGAAACAUCGAGAAUCACAAAUGUUUCCACAACAAUGUUUCCUAGUUUGCCCAGGGCUUUUGUGUCCGAACUUCCUGAAAAAGAUGUCUCAAAUGUGGGGUUAGGUAAUAUCCUACAAUAGCUGCCAUGCGGUUUGUGUCAGAACCAUUUUACAAUCAACACUACCCAUGCACUAAUAAACUUCUAUUUUUGUAGAACACAAUAUAAAAUGUCAAGGCUCAGUUGUGAAGUUAACGUGCCUCAACAAAUCUUACGUCAUCACCAUUGCCUCAGUUUUCUACGGUCGAACAUUGCCGGGAUCGUCGAUCUGUCGCAGCCCUGCUUAUUCAUUUCUGUCUGAUGAAAGCAGCUGCAGUAGCGACAAAAAUGAUGUUACAGCAGAAGUCAAGGAAAUUUGUGAACAAAAAACCAGCUGUAACUUCACAUUGAAGAAAGAAACCUUUGGAAAAGAUGGUUGCCCCAAUGUUUACAAGUACAUGGAUGUCGAGUAUAAAUGUGGUACGUUUUUAUUUUAGCUUCUAGAGUCAGGAUUGUAUGGCUGGGUUUCACUAAGUAAAUGCACUAUCAUGCUGUAGAUGCUAGUAAUACUAACCCAAUGAUUGCUGCACAUGUCUCCAAUAGACAAUUCCCAUUAUAGACUAAUUUUAAAACCAGACAAGGAGAUGCAAAUAAGUCGCCACAGCAAGAAAGAGCAUGCUAAAAUUAGUAAAAUUGCAAAGUAGUUGGUUGCGAAAUGUUGUAUACUUUUGUAUUGCGUGCGAAAUUCCUGCCACAUUUGGGCCGAAAAUGGUAGCAAUUUCCGCACGCAAUACAAAAGUAUACAAAAUUUGCAAAUUUUGCAAGGCUAUAUUUUCCGCAUUUCACAACAUUUCACAACCAAACUUUUCAAAUUUACUAAUUUUAGUAUGCUCUUUCUAGCUGUGGUGAUUUAUUUGCAUCUCCUUGCCUAGUUUUAAAAUUGGUCUUUUAUGGGAAUUGUCUAUUCGAUUGAGAUGAUUCUUUAGGCAUGACAACUAUUAAGCCAACAACAAAAACAUCGCUCGAGAAAAAACAACACCGGUCAGGCUUAUGCAAGGCAAGGGAAAAAGCGACUCUGACGACCAGGAACCCACCCCUUGACCCAGUCCCCCAGCGUUCCUCAGUCGGCAGAAAACACUUCUUAAAGACAACGAGAAUUAUGUGGACUGUGUCAUUUAAUCAGUCCACAAUGGUUAUUUCAAAAUUUACAUACUGUACAUAAGCCGAGGCACUCGAAGCAAAGCUGGACAAUGUUCUUGUUUUGUUCUUUAGACGACAUUAUGAAAGUCAAAAAAAAUAUCAAAGAAGUGAUCAGACCUGCCAGCCUUUCGUCAUCAGUUGUCAUAGUAACAAGUACCAUAACCUCAACUUCGACGCCAAUGACAAGUCAAGUCUCGUCAACUGAAGUUAUCCAGCCCACAUCCACUUUGGUGGCCAACGUAGAUAGACUCAUCACUAUCUACCAACCACAAACGUCUACUCCUCGCUCCAGUUCACUGAGCAGCUCACGGCCACACAGUGUAAGUGUGACUACAGUUAGUCAUACGGAGCGGUUGCCCACUACAAGUGUGGCCGCUACCAUAGACAGGCCAAGCUUGAAAACAACAAAGCCGGCUUCAAAAACAUACGAAAAUAGCGCAACAAGUGCUGGUCAACAUGGAACUAUGAAACUGUUUAGAUUUAUUCUCAGUUUCCAUAUAAUACAUGAAGGUAUGUUGUGUACCUGCACUAGGAAAAGCACUUCACUAUACUUGAACAUUCCUGCACAUGCCAAAGUUUUCACACAAGUUUGCAAGCUUUGUUGCGCACCUAUCACUGAAUUUUUCACGUUCACCAAAGUUUCAACUGGUUGCUCCUAGUCACGAUAUUUUAACUCGGAUAUAAUAAUUGCACAACAAUGUAAACAAAACUUGAUAAUAGAGGGGACUUGCUUUAUUUACCCUGAAUCUGCACUGUCAGCACUCUACCACAUCACCACCAUCACCCACCAUUUUGUCUCCUGUACAUCAGCACCACCAUCAUCAUCACCACCACUUUGUCACCUGUACACCAGCACCACCAUCAUCACAACCAUCAUUAUCACAACCACCAUCAUCACCAUCACUUUGUCACCUGUACAUCAGCACCAUCAUCACCACCACUUUGUCACCUGUGCAUCAGUACCACCACCAUUAUCACAACCACCAUCAUCAUCACCAUCACUUUGUCACCUGUACAUCAGCACCACCACUUUGUCACCUGUACAUCAUCACCACCACUUUGUCACCUGUGCAUCAGCACCACCAUCAUUAUCACAACCAUCAUUAUCACAACCACCAUCAUCACCACCACUUUGUCACCUGUACAUCUGCACCACCAUCAUUAUCACAAUCACCACCACUUUGCCACCUGUACAUCAGCACCACCAUCAUCACAACCACCAUUAUCACCGCCACCACUUUGCCACCUGUAAGUCAAUACUAACCGUUGCUUCCUUCCUACAGAGAGCAUUCACAAACAUACUGCAAGCUCUGUGGUUUGGUUCAUGUUUGGUUUACUUGUUGGUUUAUUUAUCAUGAUCGCCGUACUAGUAUAUUACCGUGUAAAACAAGUACGGCGAGAACGCAAAGACAAACCAAAUAAAGCUGCUUAUAUUAAGCAAAAAAACUGCACAGACGGAACUCUUGAAGAAAAAGUUAUUUUACAUCCAAAAGAACUUGAAGCUUUGGAAAUGGAGAGUCAACUUGGAGAGACAGUGUAGUUAUACUGUGGCUAUAAAUUUCACUGGAGAAUCAUGUGAUUGCAUGACGUAAUUCCAAGUUACGUCAGCUCAAGUGAUGUAACAUUACGCUGUGAAGGAGGUCACAAUGGAAAUCUUGUGUGCGACCAUAGUUAAUGGAAAGCAUAUGACAUCAAAGUAUACCAGAUACCUGCUUUGUAUUGGGUCAAUUUAUGGAAUGAUAUCCAAAUUCCAAACCAUGCUAACAAUACAAAAUAUAAUGCCUUUGAUUGGUAAUUAGUGGACAACCCUGUGUGGUUCUAUACAACCUAAUAGAUGCAAGCAGUAUCAAGAUGAAUUAUGGUUGCUGUUCAUGUCUUUGGCUCACAAAAAGAUUUGAAUUACAUAAAUAAAUCAAAAUCGACAAUAUUCAUCAUGUAUCAUAGCACAACAUUUUAUUGACUCUGUUUAUAGAGUUAGAGAUGUAACACAAUUCUUAGAGAAUGUACAAUCCAUUUUAAUAUUUAACAGAAUUAAUCCAUUGUAUAAUUGAAUAGUGUACAUAAGUUACUAAGAAAUUACUGAGAAUUGAAUAUUAUUUGGUAUGUGCUCUUCGAUUAGCCUUUCUAUCGCCGCAAUUUUUGGAGUGCUGUAAUUUUUCGUAAACGAUUAUAACAAUGUGAAAAGCAAUAUUUCAGAACAAACGAACUAAUUACAGAGUAAAUUUACCAUCAUACACCCACAAAAUUAUAAAAUGUCGCCGUUACGUGGUGUCACACUCGCAGGAUUGGCAAAAAAGUAACCCAAAAAUGGGGGGUGAGAAAGGCUAAUUGGAUUUCUUUAUAUAAAGCUUUAUAUUGACAGUGACAUGCUUUUUCCAAAACAAAAAAAUAUUCAGUACAUUUUUGGAGAUAUGCGUAGAACAAGUUGCUUCAAAAACCUUUCUUGUGCGUAUGGGCCUAUAGGAUUGUGUAGCUUUUCGUGUUUAUUCUUUAUUUUUGUAAAGGUCUUGUUGCUUCAGCUAUCUGAUACUUUGCUUUCAGUAAAUAACAUUCAAUUAACUGUUCUAAUUAUUCUGAGAGAACCAAAAUGGCACUUUCCAUUUGGUCAGAAGUUUCUAUCUCACCUUUACGCUCUUGAAAAUAUUUCAUCAUAAAAUUUUCUUUAUUUAGUCUUCAUCAAACUCCUCGUCUAAAUCCAGAUCGUCCAUAUCUUGAAACAAUGAUUCGUCUACCUGGACAUCAUCUAAAAAUAGUAACAUAACCUGAUGAGUUAUAUUGUAU